CUCCCCACUUGCAAGGGGUCCCUGAAGGCCCCCUGACCCCCGCUUUGGGGCCAAUAGAGACGCUGCACCUGUAUCCAGUGCGCCUGUCCCGUUUGGAAAAAGUUGGCAGCGCAGUGGUUACGCUGCGUGCGUCUCAAGGGCAAAGGAAAUGAGGAAACCGAUAACAACAACUAAUGAACACUGCUACCUUUCCAUACCUUUCUCUGCCUGUCUGCGGACCGCCGGGCUCUGCUGCAGCUGUGCUGCCAUGUCAGUGGAGGAUGUUAUUCUAGUCAUAUGUAUAAGAGGAUAAAAAAAACCGUGAAGAUGCGCCUGGAGGGGAAACGUCACAUUUUCAGAGGGAGCGACACUGUGGAGAGACUGUGACCGAGCCGGGGAGCGGAAUAUGCGACACUGCUCCUUUGCACGUCGGGCCAAAGCGUCGGAUCUUUGCCGGAUAAACGUCCUAUAGCUGGAUGAUGUGAUUUGUUUCAGCCGCACAGAGGAUUUUAUGUUCGCAACACGUUGCAGCGGGAUUCUGGAUGAUCCUCCAGUCACGCCACCGCGGACCCCCAGACCGGUUUCAUGGGAUCAGGACCAAUAGACUGACGGUGCCCUGAAAUGCACGUAGGGAGGCAUCACUCAAAGUUUAGACAAGUCUCAAUGAAACGUCAGGAUUUCAAGGUUAUGGUGCCACGGUUAGAUAUUGAAUUAUUACUUGCGACUGGCACAUUUUCUGUCUGUAUGUUAAAAUGAAUGGAUGGAGUGUUAUUUUAGACAACAGCCCAGUGUCUCACUAAUUCAGAUAAUAUAACUAUCAUUAGAGUUUAGGUUGGGAACUGAGUCCUCUGGUAUAGUUUAGGCAGUAAUUUAGUCUCAAAUGCAACACGAUAAAGUUAUUAUUCCAACACCGAGGAUGCCACCCCGGGUGUCCUUUCAAGGAAGGGGAGACUGGAGAAUGAAAGCGGGAUUUCUGCGUCUUUAAUCGGACACAGAGGCGAACGAAGGACACGGCCACCUUCUUUUUUGGAUCGGUCCAAAAACAUUUUUUUUGCGUGCCCCUUGGACUCCUGCACAAUGGGGAUUAUGCUUCAAGUUAUUCUAGGAAUGUUUCAAUUCCUGCUGCUCACCAGAAUACCGACGUCCCAUGCCAAGCUUGCACACUGGCGGCCAGCAGACUCCCCAAAAUCCAGGGAAGGUCGAGAAGUGCGGCGGUGGUUGGAGGUUUAUUCGCGUAGUGGCUGUGAGCCUCGGGACACUCUCGUGGAGGUUUGGCGUGAGUUGCCUGGGGAGACGCACCAUCUCUUUGUCCCGUCCUGCGUGUCAGUGAGACGAUGCGGUGGCUGCUGUGCUGACGAGGCCCUGGAGUGUGUUCCCUCGCUCACACACACACUCACCAUGGAGCUGAUGAGAACCUCCUUCAUGAAACAUGAACUCAUUGAGCUGCCCUUCGUCGAGCACAGCCAGUGUGAGUGCAGAUUAAAAGAACAAUUCCAGCCAGCGCCUUCUACAAGGCCCUAUCUGAAGCCAACAAGAAAAGACAAGAAUAAGGAGAGGGGAAAGUCCAGACAGAGGACAACUGGAGCCUCCAGAGCUGCAAUCCAUGCUCCCCCAACUCUUCCUCCCCCAUCGUCUCCUCCUCCAUCAACUCCACCCACCAGCUUCUCUCCCUCUCCAUCUCCAUCUCUGAGGCCUCGUUGCCACCCCUGCAGAGGAAGGAAGUGGGUUCUGGACGCAACGUCUUGUCAGUGUCGCUGCACCAUCAGAGCUGAGAGCUGCAUCCGGAAAGACCGGAGGCUCGACCCUCACCGCUGCAGGUGUGAUGCCAUGAGGACCUGAUGUGUCCACCCACUUUCUUUUCACCUCCGUCUUUCCACCAACCCCUGUUCAUCGCCCACUCUCAGCAUCAGUGCCAUGGAGCAUACAGACGCUUGGACAUCCAGUACCUCAGACUGAAGGAAAUAUUAGUGGAAGCACACACAAGAACCUGUAGUAGCGCUCUAGUUUAGCAAGUGCAGCAUUACAGCCUGAAUAUAGAUCUACGUGUGUGUGUGUGUGUGUGUGUGUGUGUGUGUGUGCAGCCAAACAUCUUACCACCUCCUCGCUUCUUUCUGUGGCAAAGUCCACAUGUACAUGCGUAUACAGACAUGUAGAGUCACAAUACACAUCCCAUGAGUGGAGGGAUGAAGUGGCAGCAUAAUGGCGACUUUGAGAGAUACGUGGAAGUGCAUUUCAGACAAAAUAUUUCUUGGUGGACACAAUCACAACGUGCUCCUCGGUUUGGAGGUUGGACUACGAGAAGUUAUUUUGGUCUGCAGUUGAAGUUAUAAAUACAAGAGAACAGUGGAAGCACGAAUGAUCAUACUAAAUAAGAACAAUGGAUAUGAAGUGGAUCGGUCUUACGUAGGUUUCCUACGUAAUGACGCUUCAGUGGAAGUUGUGAUUGUUGUUCGCAGGCAAACUACACAGAUUUCCGGGGUUAAUUCAAGGCUGAUUUUUGUGCGGAAGAUUUGAAAAACAACAGAUUAUAGAUGGACACAUCCCCACUCAGACGUACCAGAAGGACAAUAGACAUGCACUGAACUGGUUCCCCAGUGUGCGUGGACCUAUAGCUGAGCUGAAUGCUGGAAUGGAGUGUAUCUGUGUGGUCUCCCCACUGAAAGACCCAGAUGGGAUAUCCCUGCAGCCGUUCUCUCUCAUUCAAAGCGUAUGACCACAGGCUGGCUCUCCAAGCCGCUUUCCGGCAUUUGUUUAAUUUGGGCCUUUUGUCUCCAUCUUUCCUCGGCUCCUCGAUUGAAAGCAGCCGCUUUGCCUCUCUUUGUCUCUUUGCCUCUCUUUUAGGCAGUGAGGAGAAUGACAAUAAUGAGGCCUGGCGGCUGUCCACUGCUUCACACACAAACAUUCACACUUAUAAUACCAGGAACACAGACGACACUGCAAAUGCAGACACACACAAUUUCACUCACUCUGUGCUAUAGCAGGCACACAUACAUGCAUAUUUACAUACACAUGCGAUGUGAAAUGAAUGCAGGUAGCCAUAAGCUUUCGUUUGUGCCACACCAAGUGUGCAAAUAUGUCAGUUGUUUAGAUUUGCAAUUUACUGCAAAGUCUUCAUUUAAUAUUUUAUUAUAUGCCUCUGUUUUAUAUUUUAUUAUAAUUCUGUCAAGUUGAUUGAAAAGAUAUUCUAUAUUGCAGAAUGUGUUUUUGUUUUGUUUCUGUUCUUUAAUCCGUCUGCAUAAAGAGUCACGCUGGGUGGCCGGUUAAAUACACACUCAGCAUCUAAGCCGAUACCCAAAUGUAUUGAAUUUAAACAGAGACGGCUCACAUGGGCCACAAAUGGGAGACUAUAUAUAAUGUGUAAUUCAAACAGUCAGUGGGGCAGUGUUGUCCGCAGCACACAGAGACCAAGCAAAUAACAAGCAUGGCUUUUUUGGUUGCAUGUUAGAGCCGGGAUGGAAAGAGUAUUAUUCAUUUGGAACAUAACUUGUUUAUAUUCUGGCUGAAUCUCACGGUUUAACUCCGUGUUAGUUCACGACUGCUUUGCUGCUGGGUGGGAACAGGGAUUUGAACUGUGACUGUUUCAGAAAGGACGAGGUCUCGAGCUGCUUGUCAGUCAGCGUGACGUGCUAAAGCCAGAGCUUAGAGGACCCAUAAUGGCAGGUCAUGGAGUUUAAACCCAUUUUUGACACUCAUUCAGACCCUUUGUUCUGUGCUAAAUUUUACUGAGAACAUUUUACAAGAGACGUCUGAGCUCCAUGACAAACAGUAGCUUUGAAACUCCAUGAUUCAUGCCCGUACUUUCCCCCCAGGAUUCAUAAGAUCCUGCUGAUUGAAACAGCAAGCAGUCCAGAGUCUGAAUAAUUUGUGUGUCUUAAGCAAAAUAACUUUAUUUCAGUGACUGGUGUGAUAAGCUCUGUAUUUAUACUCUCCUGAGGUGAGAUUAUUUUUUCCACGCUCAAGUCCAUUAUUCAGUGUUUGUUAUUACUGUCAAUCAAUGCUUCAAUCACUACCUCUAUAUCAUAACAUAUUAAUGACCAAGUAUUAGAAUAUUGUUGUUACUUUCUCUGUGUUAUUUCAGACCUCUUUUUAAGAUAAUGAUGUUUUUAUUUACAUUUAGCAAUAAGCAUAGUCUCCAGUGUAGAGAUGUGGAGCUGCAGCAGAUCUGUAGUGAUCAUCACUGGUUUAGAGGAACCUAUAGGAGUUUUCUGUGUGCGUCUUGGUAAUCUGAAGGGAAGCAUUUUUCAUAUGAGGAGAAAUGAACUGGUACUCUGAGUGCAGACCAGACACUGUGUGAUAAUGUGGAACAGGAGAUGGUUUCCCAAAGCGUUUGUAGCCUCCAACUACUGGUUAAUGGUAAAUACACAUAUUAGCUUUCCUGCUGAGAGUUAAAUGAAAAGAUUGAUACCGCUCUCGUGUCUGUACAGUAGAUAUGAAGCUGGAUCCAGCACUCAGUUAUCUUAGCUUAGCAUAAAGACUGGAAACAGUUAGCAUGGCUCUGUCCGAAAGCUUAAAAAAAAUCCAUGUAGCAGCACCUCUAAAACUCACCAGUUAACAUGUUAAUUUCUUUUGUUUAAUCUGUAUAAAAAACAAAAUGUGAAAAUGACAAGUUGUGGGUUUAUAGGGGGUCAUGUGCUGAACUAUUUGCAACCAGCAGAGACUCCAGGAAGUCACUGCUCCCAGCCAAGAUGUAGUCCAGCACAUGACCCCCAUGUGAAAGGAGAAUUGUCGUUUUUAUACUUUGGUUUUUAUACAGAUUUAACAAGCGAAAUAUAACAUAUUAAUUAGUGAGCUUUAGAGGUGCUGGUAGGCAGAUUUUGUUACUUUUGGACAGAGCCAGGCUAGCUGUUUCCCCUUGUUUCCAGUCUUUAUGCUAAGCUAAGCUAACCAGCUGCUGGUCUAGCGAGGGUAUUUACUGGACAGACAUGAGAGUGGUAUCAAUCUUCUCAUCUAACUCUCAGCACGAAAACAAUUUCCCAAAUAUUUAAACAAUUCUUUUAAGUCUUUCUUACUCACUUGCAGCUAUUUCUGCUCAUGCAUUUCUAAUUUUUUUCUAUUUGUUUUCCAAUUUUCCAGCCUUUAUUUCUUGAUAAUGUUGCAUUUUAUGAACCAUCACACUAAUGUUUUGGGAAACCUAAGAGUCCCUGAAUCUCAGUACAGAUUGUACUUGUGUUUGAGAUUGCAAAGCACAUACUGUACAUUAGUCCACUGGAAAAAAAUAACUUCUAUUGAAGGCAGAACUGAAGGAGCAAAUGGACCGAAAAGCUCCACUCAUGCAGACAUGUACCACAUAUCAAAGACAUUCCACCUAAAAGAGUUGUGGUGCUGAGAUAACUUUUUGAGGGCUUUUUGAGGGUUACUUGCUGUGAUGAAAUUUUCUUAUUUUAAAGUACUAAUUCUGAACAAUAAAAUCAACAACAGUGAAAUCCAUCAGAAAGCAGUAGUAUCCCAUCAUUUCAACACCACAACCUCUUUAAGAUAUACAGCUUGGACAUAUUAAUAUCCUAUUCAAAUGUCCUGAUCCUGUGUCAGUAUCAAACAUCAGUGUGCUCUGUAUCUGCACAGUCUACAUUGUACUGUAAAGGUAGCCCUGUUCUAGCCUCCAGUGUCUUAGCCUAUAGAGACCCCUUACUAAACUAUAUAACAUUUUAUAAUCUCUAAUAUCCAGCCAUGACCUUGUGUAUGACGUAGUGCAUACUUUAGAGAUGUAUUUGUAACUUCAUUCUAGCUGUACUUUGCGUUGAAUCUCUUCUCUGCAAAUACAAUGUACUACUGUAGCCUAUGUAUAAAGAAAAAACCUACACUUUUUUUUGCUGCUACACCAUUUGUGCCCUACUAUGAUGUCUUUGUAGAAAACAAUACAGUUUUAUGUUGUAUUAGUAUAUAAAUGGCAAUUAAUCGAUUCCAUGUCCACAUAAAAGUGUAUACUGCAUCAUCAAAUAUAUUGAAAAUGAUACCAGGAUACAACCGUGAUGUUACAGAUGUUAUUAAAGGAAAUGUCUUAUUUUUCGUAUAAA